GCCACGUUCUACAAUUAAAAUAUUGGAAACAGCAAAACCUUUCGUGGACGUAUCAAAAUCCCUGACUUGUAUGUUUCAACUCUUGUAGCUUUCAAAUUCUAAGCUCAUAGCAACAUGGAGAUUGAAUCACAGGAUUCUGCUCGAAAAGUGAUUAUUCAGUUAAAAGCCACUGCUGAUGCGCCUAUUCUCAAGCAAAAGAAGUUCAAGAUGCUUGGAACUGAUAAGUUUGCUAAAGUGAUUGACUUUUUGCGUCGGCAAAUUCACAGGGAGACCGUGUUUGUAUACAUCAACAGCGCAUUCUCACCAAAUCCAGAUGAAUUGGUGAUUGAUCUGUUUAAUAAUUUCGGCGUUGAUGGUAAACUGCUGGUCAACUAUGCCUGUUCAGUGGCGUGGGGCUAACUUUCACGAACAGCUAUGCCGAUACACUGUUCAUACUAUUUCAUGCAAGAGCAGUACAUGAUUUGUCGACAGACUGAGAAUAUGAUUGAAGAAAUGGAGAUUACGUAAAAUUCACAUGCAUCUGUCAGAAUUGCUUUAUUUUUUUAUUUCCGGUUGAUGUCCCACUUCGAUACUGUUUGGACUUGCGAUUCAUCUUGUGAUUGGAUGCAUAUAGUUUACUUUUAAAAAAUAUUAAAUUGAUAUUUA